GAGUGUAUCUGAGCUCCCUCGGACAUGCCAGCGUUCCGCAAUGCCUCUCUAGGCACCCUUCUGCUGGCAUGUCUUUAAGGAAGCUCAUUCAGCAAAACCACAACGCCAGCGCCGUGGGCUUUGGCACAGGGCCGGCGUGCGGGUCCCACGGGGAGCCGGGGCCGCAGAUGGACAGCAAGCGGCUCCAGCACCUGGCCAGCACGGUGGGCACGCUGCCGCGGGGCCGCAAGCAGCUUGCUUUAACCAGAUCCAGCUCCUUGGGCGACUCCUCCAGGCCACAGAGACACCUUGUUGCUAUAUUCAAAGAUGACAAAGAGACGUUUGGGUUUGAAAUACAGACUAUUAGAUUUCCAAAUCAAAACGAUUACUCCUUGGAGUGUUGCACUUGCGUCUGCAAAAUUCAAGAAGAAAGUCCUGCUCAUUUAUCUGGCCUUCAAAUUGGUGAUAUCCUUGCCAAUAUCAACGGAGUGAACACUGAUGGGUUUAGUCACAAGCAAAUAGUAGACUUGAUAAAGUCUUCAGGGAACUAUUUAAGGCUGGAGACUGUCAACGGGGCCAUGUACCUGAGGAAGAUGGAGCUCGAGACCAAGCUGCAGCUGCUGAAGAAAACUCUGCAGCAGAAAUGGGUGGAGUUCCGCUCUCUGCACUUACGGGAACAGCGCUUGCUGCAUGGAGAGGUGAAUGACAAUGCUCUGCUGGACACGCUGGAGCUGGAAGAGGCCAACUUAUUUGGUGGCUGUGGCACACUGGGACCUGUCUCUCUGAUCAAGCCUCGCUUCUCCAGCGAGAGCAGCUCCCGAAGCCGGCUGAGCUCCAUGACUGUGGACAGUGAGGACAGCUUCUACCAGAGCAGCGCCUUCGAUGAUUCUACUGCAGAGAGCCUGAGCCGCCAGUCCAGCAUUGACGACGAGUGCUUCUUCCCCAGGGACGGCGACUGCGCGGCCGGGAGGUCCUCCCUGCGCAGGAACCGCAGCAUCAGCCUGGCCAGCAGCGGGUCCAUGUCCCCCCUCUGGGAGGGAGGCGGCUGCUCGAGUAGCUUUGGGACGCUCCCACGGAAGAGCAGGAGAUCAAGCGUACGAAAGCAUCUUCUGAAAUUCAUCCCAGGCCUUCACCGGGCGCUGGAAGAGGAAGAAAGUCGGGUCUGACACCAUGCGUGCUGUCCGUGAUGUCUGGGGCCCUGCCCAGGAGCCCGCAGCGGGACCAGGGACCAUGCACAGCGGCCCACCUGGAGAGUUGUGGCAGGUCAAACCCAAGGCUGCAUUUGUUCCUCUCCUCACACAACCUUAUGGUGGGACUGAUGGUAUUUAAAAUGCUCUGGGGUUUUUAAUUAUUUUAAUUUUAAUUUUUAAUCAGAGUGCACUGUGGACUUCUUCAUUAACAUGAAAAACGACUAACUCCGAGAUGUGAAGAACCUUUGCAGAACUUCCUCAGCAUACUUUAGUGUUAAUAAUGGUUUUUAAUUGAAUCCAAGAUUUAUAGCUAUUUAUUUCCUGUUACUGAAGUCAGAGUCCUCAAAGGUGUCUCAUAAAGCAAGCAUUUCUACUGAAGCCAGUGACAAAGUCCUGUUAGAAAUGGGUUGGAGCCUGGAGCUUACGGCAGACCCCAGGGGAGAUAUUCUGAGAUGAAAAGAGGCUGGUGGCAAUGACCAAAACAGUGAAGGGUGUGGUGGGGCUCUGUGGAGCCCUGUCGAAGCCACAAAGCUUUUCUGUGCAAUUCCUAUCAUGCUUGCUCGAAACAGCACGUUCUGUGCUGUGUCAGCUCAGUGACAAGUCGUUUCAGUGCCGGGUGUCGUCACCAGCACCCCUUGAGAUUACUGCAGUCAAAUCAGCUUACUGGAAUUUUAGCAGGUUGGAGAAAAUGCUCGUCAGCAUGCAGUGCUCUAAGCACACAGUUCAAGUUAAUUUGACCUCUUUAAGGUGAGCGGAGCAGAGGACCUCCCCCAGGGACGACCAGGGCUGGCUCUGGUGUGGGUGCAGGCGGGCGCUGGCCGGGGGGCUCCCUGCGGGCUGUGCCUGUUGCCUGCCCACGCUCGCCUGGGCCGGAGGCAGAGACCGCAGGCAAUGAGGGCUCACUUGGCAGCUUGUAUGAGGUGCUAUAAUAAAUAUGGAUAUAAAUGUGAAGAAAAGGAGGACUUUUAUUUUCCUCUCAGGCAACACAGAAAUAGGCUCUUAGGUCAGAGCAAGCAGCCUAAUUGUGUUUUCCAGGUACAACUGGAAGAAUGUUAAAUGUAAUUUAAAUGCCUUGUGUGCCUCGUUUGUCUGUUGACCAAGAAGAAUGUGCAGCUGUUCGCAAUUCUGAUAUUGCUGUGGCAGGAUUUCCUGGUGUUUUCAGAAACCUCAGACUGAAACCAGUAGCUUUCCAUGGAGAUGAGCCCCAAAUAAAAACAGCCUGUCCCAGUACUCCUGUAAUCGAUAAACGUUGCUCCGUGGGCUGCUGGAGGCCCGGCGGGGAGCCCCCGAGGGAGGCUCAGCCCUGGGCAUGGAGCUGGGCUUGGGGCCAAUCCUUGUUAGACAGCUGGGCUGGGGCCUGGAUUCAGCAUGAAUAUCCUCAUUGGAGCUCGUUUCUGCACACCGAGGUUUUGGCCUGUGAUCCGUUGCCUCAAGAAGCAGCUUGGCUUUGCUAGUCGUGCGGCAGAGAGAAGAAAGAAAAGCAGAGGUUAUUUCCAUGUGGACAGCUUGGAGUUAAAGGCAGAUGUAUGGGUGUCCAAGUGAAAGCAACCGUGGCCACAAUAACCAGAAAAUCUGGUGAAGGUUGAUUAAUACCCCAAAGAGAACAAAGAGGUCCGACACUUAAAAAGAGACAUUAAACAUGUUUUUGCAAUUUGGUAAGGCCAAUGUUAUUAUUUUGUAACUCAUGCCAAGUAACAUGCCUAACUUAUUACUGGAAAUAUGUCUAACUUAGCUAAUCUCUUUAUUUAUUCUUACUAAGUUAUGCCCGAGCUAACUGUACCUGCAAAGUUCUGUGUCCGUAUCAGAGUCCGAAUGAAAUGCUUGAAAUACUUAUA